CUCUGCUGCUUUUGUGUUGACAUCAACAUACUGUGUCACUUUCAAUGUGGCUUGGAGGCUAGAAGGCCCGCACUGGCAGUGGACAUCUGUAGCUUGGGAAGCAAGCAUCCUCUCCUCUCAGCUCUAGCAAACGUUCGCCUGGGUCCUUGGAAGAAUAACCUCAAUUAUUUCUAGGAUACUUUGAUCUUCUUUCCGCAAAGACACGUUAGGGGCAAGCACAGUUGACAUCAGCGAUGGCGUGUUUACCCGCUACUAUGCGAGUGGUGCUGUUGGUGGGCAUUGUCCUGGCUGGAUGCCUCCACAUCUGUGUCAUCGCCUUUCCCAACUGGUGGUGGUUCAAUUAUGGUUACUGGGUGCAGGACACGACUGGUGUUCUUGGUACCAAUGGUGGUAUCUUCCAGUACUGCCAGCACUAUCGCAUCAUGAUAGGUGGUCACUACAAUUGUUUCAACUAUGGAGAUAAAGCCGCGCAGAGUGAGGGACUUCUCGACACCACCGAGGAUCUCAUGCCCCUGGGAGGUAUCCUGACGACGGUACAAGCCUUCACAGUUCUAGCACUGUUCAUGAGCCUUCCCAUUAUAGUUCUAAUCGGCGUAGCAUGUAAAGUGGGAAAGAAGCAGACGAUGAUGAGAAUUGUGUCGCUAUGCCUUCUUCUACAGUGUGGCUUCAUGAUCGGAUCGGUCGGCUCUGCCCAUCAGUGGAUCCACCAGCCGCUCUGCAUGGAGUGUGACUGGCGUGAUCUCUACAACUACGACUGGGCGUUCUACGCAGCUGGAGCACUGAUCGGCAUCUACAUGUGUCUAUUUGUCCUGGCGUUCAUCACAUCAUGUACGGAUACGAAUGAGCCCCUCGAAGAUCGCUUCAAGGCCAGGACCCAUAGAGCAGAUACGAGAAAGCAAAAGACACCAGCAGGAUAUCAUCUGGAUGGCGUGUAACCAGAUAUAUCUCUGCACAUGGCCUACGAAAUCUACAGAGACCUCCGGCAAUAGCCCAGACCUGCGGCAAUAGCCCAGACCUGCGGCAAUAGCUACAGAGACCUCCGGUAAUAGCCCAGACCUGCGGCAAUAGCGGCAAUAGGCCGCAUCUUGAUAUAGCCUGAUAUCUACAUGUAUCUCAAGCUGGACUGCUGCUGCUGCUGCUGCCUAUGCCACUUUCAUUUGCUACUUUCUACUUUCUAGGUGUUGUCAGAAGAACACCACUGCUUGCUUCUCACCUGCUGAUGGGCAUCUCCAAUACCGACUCCAUUUCAGUUCAACUUGAUGUAACCCAAUUCCCAUACAUGACAGCUAUUGCGAUCAUACUUCUACUAGUAUAAUUAUAAUAGGAUUAUGACAUACUAGUAUCCUCUAGUGCUACAUGUCAUUUUGCUAGUAUAAGUACUGAAGUAGCUUUCUUUUGCUGCAUGGUGUUGUUUGCUAGUCAUUUGUUCAGGACAAUACUUGCUCUGUUUCCGUCAUUCGCUUUUGACAUCUUUCUGGCUAGCCCCUGAUCAGAGUAAUUCUAUGUGAUCUACUCCUUCUUUAUACCGGUAGAUGCAUUGUGAGGCAAUCCAUAUGUUGAGAAAGUAUACAAUUAUUCAAUUACAAUCAGGCUAUUUCUUAAUUUCCAGGAAUGCAAUUGUAAUUCUGCACUUCGAUUAUGGUGACAUUGCUUUCCAGAUCUGUGUACAGUAACUGUUAUCAAGUCUUGGA